GCUGGUAGGAUUUAGCCCCGGCAGCGUCUUUUCCCGUCCAGCACAACAAGCUUAUUACCUUUCUCUCCACGCGCUUGGAAACGGAUUUACGCGCACGAAAGGAGGAGUUCGGAGGACUAGUAGGAUGCUGAUUAUCUUUCCUCCUCGCCACUGUUCUCCACCCUGCUCUCCAUGACCUGAGAGCACCACCACAGCGGGAGGAACGACACACCUGAGAGAGAGCGAGGAAGAGGAGGGCAGAAGGCCAGGGAAGGAAGGAAGGAACCCACUUUUUUUGUUGUUGUUGUUUGUUUUCCUUUUGUGAAAUGGCGGCAACGGAGGCCAAUGCGGCGCCGGUAGUCCAAGAAGACGGAAAAACCCCUGAAAGCAAGCCGGCGGAGGCAGAGCAGCCGACUAAAAACGCCAACGCAAACUCAGAGACUGUCAACAGUGAGGUUGUCGAUAAAGAUGGCACAGCUGUCAACAGCGAGGUUGUGGAUAACAAAGAGACUGUGAAUAAUGACACAGCUGCAGGAGCUGAGGAGGCCGAAGCAGCAGAGAGCGGGGACGCAGCAGCUCCUCAGAGCGCAGAAAAUGCCUCCGCAGAGCCCAAGACCUCCUUUUUGGACUCCUUCCUCAACAAGAGCGGCCUGGGGAAGGUGAUGGCAGGAAGGAAGAAGAAGGAGCAGAGCACAGCGGCUGGCGGAGGAGAAGAAAACGCAGCCGAAGCAGGAGAGAAAGAGGGAGAGAAAGGAGAGGAGGCUGCAGCAGCCGAAGGAGGAGCAGAAGGAGGUGCAGAAGGAGAGGCAGCUAUAGAGAAAGCUCCAGAAAAUGGAGAGAAAGAGGAGGAGAAGAAAGCAGAGAAGAGCAAAUCAGCAGAGGCCAAGUCCACGGUGCGAGACCUGAUCAGGAAGCCCGUGGCAAGGAUUUUCUCCCAUCGCAGCACUGAGAAGAAGGACGGCGCUGCCGGUGAGACCCAGAAACCUGUGAAGGUUCGGUCCAAGUCCCUGGACCGGCUGGAGGAUGCUGAAGCACUUAACACCACUGCUGACUCCACCAUAGAGGAGGGAGGAGCAGCAGGAGGCGCAGAAGGAGGCGCGGAGGGAGAACAGAAAGCUUCGUCCUCCUCGGCAACCACCAAGCACAUGAAGCGCUGGCACUCCUUCAAGAAGCUCAUGGCCCAAAAAGCUCAUAAGAAGAGCGGCGGAGGAGAGGAGGGCAAGGAGGAGGGAGCAGAUGGAGAAGGAGGCGGAGACUCCUCCACGCUGGACUCCAAGGAGUCGGGGCAGAAAAGGUGGAAGCUGAAACGCUCCUGGACAUUCCAGGGCCUGAAGAGGGACCCGUCUAUGGUCGGCAUCAGCGGCAAGGCCAAGGGCUCCGACAAAGACUCUGCUGACAAGCCGGAGGAGGGAGCGGCGGGAGGAGUGGAGGAGGGAGAGGAGGCCAAGCCUGAUGGGGGAGAAGAGGAGGGGAAAGCAGAGGGAGGGGAGGAGAAGGCUGAAGGAGGAGAGGAGGAGAAGGCAGGAGGCGGGACAGUGACACAACACGCCAACGAGAUCUGGACAUCCUUCAAGAAGCGCGUCAUCCCCAAGUCCAAACGCGCCAACACGGAGUGUGCCCCGGGUGCAGAGGAUGACGCCGCUGCAGCUGCCGCCGGGUCGGGUGAAGAGGGAGCAGCCGAGGAGGGCAAAGAUGCCAAGUCAGCCAAGGCCAAGCGCUCACAUUUCGGCCGUGCAGUCUCCCUGAAGAACUUCAUCCUGCGAAAGGGCAAGUCCACCAGCGUGGACAUGGGUGAGGGCGCCAAGGAGGAAGAGGAGGCCACGGAGGCAGCAGAGGGAAUAGAAGCAGCAGAGGAGGCCGGAGCUGAAGGAGACACUGCCAACAAGGAGAGCAACGACAAAGAUGCAGCUGAGAAGACAACCGAGGAGGCAGCGAGCGGAGGAGAGGCGGCGAAGGAGGCGGAGAAAACGCCAGCCGAAGCUCCAGUGACCAACGGCGAGAACGGCUGCUCCAACGGCACGGGGGAGGAGCACGCCACACACAAUCACCAGGAUGAGGAGAAGACGACGGGGGGCAGCCCCGUGAAGAAGACCAAGGAGGCAGGAGGAGCAAAAGAUGAGGCCAACGCUAAGAUCAUCAACGCCACGGCGGCUGUGAACAGCGACAAAAAGGCGGGAAACGUGUGAGGCCACACAAAGAGGAUUAAAACUGCCCGGGAUUCGCUGAGCAAGGAGCUCUGAGCCCCGCCCCCACCCUCACCACCCUCGCCCUAACUCCUCCUCCUCCUCCCGCCCUCCCCUUCCUCCUCUCUCCCUUCAUCCCUCCUCCUCCCUCCCGAAUAAACGGAGUAAUCACGUGUAAACAGAUCACCAUGGUGAGAACGAGAGAGAGAGAGAUUGAGAGAAUGAGAAAGAUGCAAUCCAUGUAGAAGAGAAGUGAGAAUUAAUAAUCACUCAGAAAGCAAUAAUUCAAGCCCUUCUUCCUCUCUUCAUCCCCCUCUUCAUCAUCCAUCCAUCCACCCCUCCGUCCGAUACAUUUAUACAUACAAACAAACAUGUACAUCCAGUGUUUUUAUUUUUUCUUUGCUUGUCUGUGAGAUUUUAUAUUGUCUACGAGAGAAAAGAAAAAUGCAGAAAUGUAAAAAAUGAAAAUCGAGACAUUCCACCCUCCCCCUUUUUUCUCCCCCCCCCCCGUCCCGUAGAGCUCAACAGCUUGGCUCCUGAAGUAAAAAGCCCCUUCAUUUCCUCCAAAGCUGAUUUAAUCAUUAGCCAAAACCAUCCUAGGUAGACUCUGAGCGGGCUACCUGUGUGUGAAAUGAUGGCGUACGCUCCUGAAGACACACGUUCAAUGGUAUCACCCUCGUUUAAGAGAAAAUCACCUUUAUUUGCUCUCUAUGGGAGAAGGACUACAUUACCCACAAUCCUCGGGUGUCACAGUGACGCCUUCAGAUGUUGAUAAGAGAGGGUACUUCAUCCAGACCGUGCUGGCCUCGCCUCCUUCUAAAUCAGGUGUGGGCAACUGGCAGCCCGUGGGCCACAUUCGACCCUCUUCCUCACUCAAAGCGGCCCGCAAGUCGAGUUUCAAGUAUAAAGAAAUGUAAACGUAUCUGCAACGACAACAUCACAAAUAUCAGCAUUUCUGUUAUUAUUUUAGAUUAUUUAGCCAUCUAAAGGCAUUUGCAGUAAAUGUUGCUGUAAUUAUGGCUGUGAAGAUCCCUCAUAUGCAUCAAAAUGUCCAAAAACCUUCAACCAGUUUAAACCUAAAUCCAAAAAUAUGACAAGAAUAGUUUUUAAAAGCACGUCAUAAGAGAAAAUAAGAGUUAGAGCACUUUUCAGCCCAUCAACCCCAGAAUAAGGGUGCCAGAGAGGGGGACCCCCACUGUACCUGACGGUGAAUAGUAAAACACAGAAGAGUCGUGUGCAGACUUACAUCCUAGGACUUCUCAAACAUUCCUAUGAUUUCAGCAUAAAUCUCAUGAAGAGAGUAUUCACUUUGAAAAUCAUGAUUAAUCAGAUUAACUGUGAUUGAUAAAGGUCCUUAAAUAGUGCAUCAAUCCUAAAAUCAUGAUUAAUCCCAUUAACUGUGAUGAAUUGUGGUCCAUAGAUAGUAAUUAAUCACAUUAACUGAAUUAAAGUCCAUAAAUAGUGCAUGAAUUUCUAAAAUCAUGAUUAAUCGCAUUAACUGUGAUUGAUAAAGGUCUUUAAAUAGUGCAUAAAUCCUAAAAUCAUGAUUAAUCCCAUUAACUGUGAUGAAAUAAGCCCCACAAAUAGGUCACUGAUUUUUAAAAUUGUGAUAAAUCACAUUAACUGCAAUUGGUUAUGGUCCUUAAAUAGUCCAUUUAUUUCCAGAAUAGUGAUUAAUCGCAUUAAUAGAAUUGAUUAUGGUCCAUAAAUAGUGCGUUAAUUUCUAAAAACAUGAUUAAUUGUAUUAAUUGUGAUUGACUAAGGUCCAUUAAUAGUGUGUUGAUUUCUAAAAUUGUGAUUAAUCAGAUUUACUGUGAUUGACUAAGUUCCAUUUAUUGUGCAUUAAUUUCUAAAAUCAUGAAUAAUUGAAUACUUUUUUGUCCUCUCAGCUCAUGCCUUGGUUAAGCCAGUUCCCUUUAAGAUCCGUAACAAGUUCCUUUUUCCGUUACUCUUCCUGUAAAAGCAUUCCUAUUUAAACUGGAAACAGGAAGUCAAUUAUUCUCCUCAAAAAUCAAAAUGACACACAAACAAUUUCAAAAUAGGGGAAUUUCAAAAUGCCAAAAACAAAGGAUGUGAUUAAUUCUGACAGCCCUGACGCAAACAUCUGAUGUUACUCUGUUUUAUUGUGAUGGCGUGUCAAUUCCUGGUUGUUUCCCGGCAAUCUUGAGAAGCUAACACAUAAUCAUGUUUUGUUAAUCCCAAGAUAACGUGAUAAGUAAAUAAAAACUCAAGAAAACAAAAUUCACUUGUCAUGACUGGAAAAUGGAGUAAAAUAAAACAUAUAUGCAUGUCUGCUUAGGGCUUCCGUACAUCACUUAGUUUCUUUUACUUGACACCAAGUUACGACCCAUUUUUGGGUCCUGACCCGCUGGUUGAGAACCUCCAUGUGGACACAGAGUCUCCUACAUCAUUAUCAUUAAUAAUAUAACCUCUACAAUAGAGAUGCAGGUGUUUAUAGUCGGGGUGGACUGAUUAUCAGCCUGAUGGAUUAUUCAGCGUUUGGAGGAUUUCCUGUGUCAGCGUUUAUUUUACCGAUCACUAAUAAAGUUAACUGAAUCAGACGAGAGCCAGCUUUGCUCUGAACUAAUCAUCGGUUACAGAAUCGACCCUGAAAAUCCGACACUGUACAGUAAACAUCCUGAAAGUUUGAAAAGCUGUCGUUUCCAGUGAAUUAAGGGAAUCAUGGUGGAUUAUGGGAUGUGUAGUUCCUUUGUUCCCUAUCAAACAUACAUGCUAGCACAUUUGCUUGUUUUCUGUCUUUGUCAUCACCGUUUUUGCGUUGACUCAAAUGUUUUAUCGUCAUGACUAUGAUUGGAACACUGAUAUGAUGAUUUCCUGAAACGUCAUUGGAGGAUUUAAACGGGAGAAUUGACUUCAGAGCCGCCCCAAAAAGUAGGCGGUCCCUGUUGAGCUCUACUUUCCUCCUUUGCUCUCUGUCUCUACCGACUCCUGAUUGGUGGAUUUAAAGUACAAAAAAAAGAAAAAAAAAAAAAAGACUGUUAGUUUUAUAUCGACGGCCAUUUUGGUUUGUAGUCCCUUUCCCCUCGUCCUCCCCCCUUUUUCGCCCCCUUCCUCUUCCUCCCCUGUCCGUCCCAGUAGAUAUUUGACAGUACAGCAGGACCGUGUUGCUACAGUAUAUAAACUGCCCUGAGGACUGCCACUUCCCAACCAACACUGCAAUGUCUUCAGCUCUGUGUGUUUAAUGUUUUUAGACUGUUAUAUUGUGUACAUGAAUUUAAAAAAAGAAAAAAAUCACCAUCAAAUAUUAAAGUCAAAAUGUUUUUUUUUUUUUCCUGUUCGGUUUGGAUUUUUCUCUUUUUUCUUUCUUGUUUUAUUUUCUAAAAACACAUCUUCUCACUGUUACCGCAGUCUGACGAUAUGCUGUAAUUAAAAAAUAAUAAUAAUAAUGAUGAUGAUGUUUUGUUGGUCCAAGUUUUCACAUGUCCGCUAGCAAAUUGUCAAGAAAAAAUAGUACAAUAAAGACUAAA